CAUACCACAUCUAACGAUGCCAAGCCAGGCAUCCCUACCAGCCACGACCUUCCGUCUUCCUCCAAAGCUGCCGGCAGUACCAACCACAGUACAACGACGGCGGGAACAGGGCGGAAAAAGAAACAUAAAAAGUCCCAGAACCAAAUCAGAAAGAGACGCUACCAGAGGGCGGUCUACAUGCUAGAUAAAAUAUCUAGCAAUUUGGCUCCAAGCGGCUCCUAUCAGUUGAAGGCGGUCGAAUACUAUAAAAAGGUGGUUGAGGAAUAUGAGAGCUCCUUAAAAGAGAAGCAAUCUGCAAACCCCAAUCCACCUGAAAUAAAGCAAAAGAGCGAAUGUCAAAAGAUAAAUCCUUCCACUAACGACAGCACUACCGGCAGAGAGAGCAAGAAGCCUAAACAGGCUUCUUCAUCUGACCACAACCCGCUGCAACGCCACUUUAGUGACGUUGCCAAAGACAGUCUGUUGAUGGCCAUAGUCGACGAAAACUCGAAGACUCCGGUAUCUAUGCAGAAGCACUGGGUGGAGAUCGACGUCAAGCUAUCAAGUCUCGUUAUGGACUACGUCCUCGAUAGCCAGGCGGGUCCCCAUCCGGAGUUUGAUUCCUCUGGAUCCUUUCGAGGAUACAGGGUUAUCAGAUGCGCGGACUAG